CGCGCGAGUGUAUCUGUGUGUGCAGCAUUGAGAGAAGCAGAGCAAGCGAGGUACAGUAACCCAGAUCGAGGUGGCGUUCUUAUUCCAUAUCUACAGUGAUAGUUGUCCUCAUUAGCUUGAAUUGUCCCCUUUUGUAGUUUUGUUAGUGAAGUCAAAGAGUGUAAGUCGAAAAGAUGUCCACUGGAAGUGCGGGAGUGUGAAUGUCGCCUGUACGGGAUCUGGUCUUUGGUUUUAGUCGCGGUUCAGGACCAAGUGGCUGCUGGACGACGGCUGCAGGGUUUCCCCACAGACUGUGAUGACGGCUGAGCCCCUUCUCCGUGACCCUUGAUAUCGAGGUUAAAGAAACUGUCACGAGCCUCCUGGAGGCUUCAAUAGCAACAAAGAACGGGCACGCGCAUUCAUGGAAUGCGACUUUGACAGCACUUCGUCUUUCCCAAACUAAAGUUCAUCUACUGCGAUCGGGGAUACGUGGUUUUUUUCUUCCGCUGGCCGAGAUGGCGGAGGUUUCGGAUCUCGACCUUCUCAGCGACUCGGACGUGGCAAUUGACCCUGACUUUGAGCCACAAAAGCGGCCACGGUCGUGCACCUGGCCGCUGCCCCGUCCAGAGUCAAACGCCGCGAAACCGGAGAGUAAUGACACAGAUAUCAUACCCGAGGAAGAGGAUGACGAAGAGGACCAUACCACCACGGCCGCUAUCGACAUCCACGGCUCGAACGGGGCCGCGGAGGACCAUAGCAGCAGCAGCCCCGUGGCCGACGGGCUGCUCUCUUCCCUCGGCCAGGAGAGCGGAGGAUCCCCGCUCUCCUCCGACUCGCUGUCGGCCACGUCAGGCGCUCCGGCCGCUGACGGCCUCGGCGCGCAGCAGACCCCGAGGAAGUCGUCGUCACGGCGAAACGCGUGGGGAAACCUCUCCUACGCCGACCUGAUCACCAAGGCCAUCGAGAGCACGCCGGACAAGAGGCUGACGUUGUCGCAGAUUUACGACUGGAUGGUGAGGUGUGUGCCCUACUUCAAAGACAAAGGCGACAGCAACAGCUCUGCAGGAUGGAAGAACUCCAUCCGCCACAACCUGUCCCUGCACAGCCGCUUCAUCCGCGUGCAGAACGAGGGCACGGGGAAGAGCUCCUGGUGGAUGAUCAACCCCGAGGGCGGCAAGGGGGGCAAGGCGCCGCGCCGCCGCGCCGUCUCCAUGGACAACAGCAACAAGUACCACAAGACGGCCCGCGGCCGCGCCGCCAAGAAGAAGGCGGCGCUGCAGGCGGCGGCGGCGGGGGGCGAGGGGGGCGGCGACAGCCCCUCGGGUCUGUCCAGGUGGCCCGGCAGCCCCGUGUCCCGGAGCAGCGAGGAGCUGGACGCCUGGACCGACUUCCGCUCGCGGACCAACUCCAACGCCAGCACGCUGAGCGGCCGGCUGUCGCCCAUCCUGGCCAACCCCGAGCUGGACGAGGGGCCCGACGAGGAGCCCUCGCUGUCGCCCAUGCUCUACUCCGGCCCGGGCGGGGCCCUGUCGCCCGGCCACGCCCCCGGGGGCGCCCCACCGCCGGUGGAGCUGCCCCGGCUGGCCGUGCUGGCGGAGACCAUGAACCUGAACGACGGCGGGCUGGGGGACGACCUGAUGGACGAGCUGCUGGACGACCUCGCGCCGGACGUCCCGCCGCCGACCGCCGGGGCCAAGGCCUCCCCGGGGUUCGGCGUCGUGUCCCAACCCGGCGCGCUGAGCCCUCCGUCCCCCGCCGCCUCCGCCCCCGCCGCGGCCGUCCCGGCGGCCGUCGGCGGCGGCACCAACGGCUACGGCAACUCCAUCUUCGGGCCCCACGCGGCGGGAGCCUCGCUGCGCGCCUCCCCCAUGCAGACCAUCCAGGAGAACAAGCAGACCUCCUUCUCCAGCAUCUCGCGCUUCGGCAGCCAGACGCUGCAGGAGCUGCUGAACUCGGAGGGCCACAGCCACAGCGACGUCAUGAUGACCCAGUCGGACCCGCUCAUGUCCCAGGCCGGCGCCGCCGCCGUCCUGUCCCAGGCCUCCCGGCGAAGCCUCCUGCUGCGCAGCGACCCCAUGAUGACCUUCGGGCUGGGGGGUGUGGCCCCGGCAGGCCAGGCGGGGCUGCUGCUGCCGGGCGGCGGCGGCGGCGGUCAGAGCGCGCUACGCAGCGUCAACAGCCUGGCCAACGAGGUCAACGCCCUCACCAACGCCAAGCAGCAGAACCUGCUCUUCUCGCCGCUGGGCGGUAACGGCUCGGUCACCAUGCAGAUCGACUCCUCCAUCUUCCUCAACGGCACGGUGGGCGGCGGCGGCGGCGGCGGCGGCGGCGGCGGAGGGACCUGCCAGGACCGCUUCCCCUCGGACCUGGACCUGGACAUGUUCAACGGCAGCUUGGAGUGCGACGUGGACUCCAUCAUCAGGAACGACCUGAUGGACACGGACGGCCUGGACUUCAACUUUGACUCCCUGGUCAACAUGAACGGAGGGGGGGGCUUCACCACCAGCACCAAGCAGAACUCCCAGAGCUGGGUGCCGGGCUGAGCCCCUGCCACCCGACCCCCUUCCUGGACAGGGGUGUGAGAGCUGGCGGAGGACCGGGCACUUAUAAGGGAGGGGGGAGAGGACUUACUGUAAACCUUGAAGAAAUUCAUCCAUGUUUCCUUUAAUUUAACAUUGUGGCUGACAAGACUAGUGGAUUGCUAUUCAUUUGUAACUUGAAUACCACGGAAAAUGAACUUGUCUUGUCGUUAACGACGACAAUCUGAUAUUCAUAAGCUCUUCAGGUCCCGACUGUGGUUGCAGGCCCCCAGACGAAAGAUCAAUCACUCAACCCGUCCUUGUUUUGCCAAACCUGCCGUGAGCACAGCCUAGAGUCCAAACCCUCGGUUUACAAAAGACUCCUGGUGAAGAGCUUCAGCCUCAGUCAGACCACCAACAGGACUAUGGAGGACAACCAUCAGCCCCAAUAACCACCAUGCAAAUCCCAGUAUGACGAACUGGCCUCAGAGUUAUGCAAUUGUUUUUCUUUUGUUCCUUUUCCUUUGUAUGGACACCCAGUCAAACGACGUUCAACUAUGGACAAGUGAUCUUCAUCUGAAGGUCCUGGACGCAAAGACAAGAAGUGAAGUGGAAGAUGUUCCUCCUGCAAAAAAUGACUCAAAAGCGAUGUGAUGUCAAUCUAAUCUAGUGGUUUUACUUUGAUUUUGUGCUACCUUGAAAAUCCUCCCUCUUUUUCUUUUACGAAAUGUCUGUCAUGAUUGUUUCUUGCAUCAUACAUAUGUAAAAAAAAAAAACAUGCAUACAUAAUAUGGUGAUAAUGUAUAGAAUGACCACUCAUGCCAACCGGACACACAGACAAAGCCCUUUACCCCAAUGAGCAGAGGUUCAUAGCUCUUAUGAAGUAGUUAGAUUAUACUAGUCCCUGGGUUCUGUUGUUUGCCUGAUAACUCACAAACUAAAUUGACUUGUAGAAUAUAAAGAAAAAAUAUGAAUAUGUAGAAUUGCAUUCAGUUUUUGUGUUUGUGUAACCGAAGACAAAAAAAAGGAGGGAAAAUCUGCCACAUUUGUACAGCAAGGUGUAUGGCAAGGUGCUCGACUUUGCGCGGGCAGUGGGGGAUUUCUGGGUCGAGAGGAGUGGAAGUACAGUCUGCUCUCCUGAAGCUAUGGUGGAUGGGUUCCGUCCAGUUCAAUUUUAGCACAGCAAACAUAUGUAGCCAAAAUCAAUACCUGGGUCCUAAGGUUGUGAACAUUUCCACACCAUGACGGGUGCUCUAUAAAACAGUGUUUAAUCCUGCCCUGGGAGAAAGCACCUCUUUCCCCCCAUGACCUACGGAUUCAAGGCUGCAGCCACAAGUGUAGCAUGGCAAGAUGGAACCUAUAAGAUGUGAGGCUAUCGGUUGUAGCAUCCUCCCUCUAGAAGCCAUUUUGUCUCUUGAGCAAAAACAAUAUAAGCUAACUGUAUAAAUUGCCAAAUUACUUGAAACAAACAGUAGGACAUGCUGGCAGCCAAAUCAAGAGAGAAACCCACACACACACGCACACACACACACAUGCUUGCAUUCACUUUCUCAAUCUUGACACAUGCAUAGAGUGAAAUUCAAGCACAGGGAUAGGUAUUUGUUUGUACCUCUAGCUAAAUUUCCUAUCAAGAGCUUGUGGAGCCUGUUAUGCAUUGUUAGCAUCACUCAGGGGGGGGGGGGGCAGGCGUUAACCAAAGUAACACAAAGUCCCGGCUUGGGGGGCUGUGAAGCUUCGUGUUCUCAAUUUGUAACCUGUGAACGAUUCAUUGGGACUUUUUUGGGGAGGAGGAAUUUAAUGGAUUAGAUAACCAUGGGAUCAGAGCCUGCAAACAAGGGUUUUUUAUUAGUGUCCACUUCCCACAUGGUAGGACACACACACACACACACACACACACACACACACACACACACACACACACACACACACACACACACACACACACACACACACACAACCCACUUUGUGGACACGUCCGGUGCGCCUACACUUUCUGAGUAAACAUUAAGUGGUUAUUUGUGAUUGUGUGUGUCUGUUUAAAUUCUGGACAAUUCUGUUCCUAUUUCCCUUGUUACUUUUGUUUCUUAAGUUCAUUUGACUUAUUUCACAAAUGGGAACAAAUACUUUGGUAAUCCCUCCUUCUGCGUACAGCACAUCCUCCGCCCCCGACCUCGCCGUAUACAUGUUGUAUUUAUGCAUCAUGAAUCGUGUGAAAUGCAUUUAUAACUCAGACGCGUUUUCUCAUAUAUCCUCAUGUAGUACUCAUGUAGUACUCAUGUAGUACUCAUGAGGUACUUGAGCCUCUUGCAGGAUGUAUAAUGGACGCCCCGGAAGGCGAGCGCAAUCAGUGUUGGAACAGCGCCAAUUUAAGAGGGGUUUUGUUAUUGUGUUUGUUUUUGUUUGUUUGUUCUCCAAGAUGGCUGACAUCACGGUAGAUGGUUGUAGCAUCUGGAUGCCCCGGUACCUCUUCUCUGUUCGGGGACGUUGCCCAAUUUCUUUGCCCCCCUGCUGUGUAAAAGUCGAUGUAAAGGAGGUGUGUAUGAGUUUCUUUGUGUGUGGUGUGUGUCACGCCCAGGCCCAGAAGGGGCGGGGGCCAGACGCGUGCGUGGUUAGCUAGAAUGACCUGCUGUGAAACUCUACCCAAGGUGCAGUGCAUGAACUACCUGUGCCCUGCCCCGACGGUUCUGUCUUCACCGAAGCCCAAUCCAGUAGACAGUUGAAAAGACCUGUCUCUCAUUCAACACACUAGAAACACCCACUGUGUGUGUCUGGUGUGGUUUUUUCAACACACAAGACACCCCCGUAUUGUGUGUCUAGUUUCUUGAUAAAGGUUACAUUCAACCCCCAAGCGCUUUUGUAUAAAAAACAACUGAAAAAGUAAAACUACAUUGAACGGGGGCUUGCUGUACCAGUUUCACAACUGUGUGGGUUCCUCCUCUUCACCGACUGUAUUCUGGGGUGUGAAUAACCGCUUGGUGCAAACACACACAGGUGGGAGCCUAUUCAAUAUAAUAAUAAUAAUAAUAAAUUUAAUUUAGAGGCGCCUUUCAAGGCACCCAAGGUCACCUUACAGAGCAUAAAGUCAUCAUAAAUCGUUUAAAAACAAGACAUUGUGGAAAAUUUUCACAUUCACAGACAUUUUCUCCAGCUCCACAUCAUGGUGUUCAGCAUGAUGGGAGGGAGGCCAUGUGAAAGAGCUGAUUUUACAUUUUCUGUUGGAGAGGAUAAUCCCGAACUCCUUAAGAGCUAUCCCCUUUUCCCUGUUCAUGGAUUGGCUAAAAUACCAGGAACACCUCUUUAAAAAAAAAUAUUUACGUGAAGACGACUGACCCAGGUGAAGUCCCUCUGUUCUUUUAUUUAUUUUUUGUACCUAUUUAUAUCAUCUUGUCUUAUUGGGGCCUCGGAGACAAAUAGGGAUACUUUGUAGGAAAGUGUUCCUGAUUAUUUUGUGCACAACGUGUAUAAUGUAUAGCCAUUCUGAAGACUUCUGACGCCCUCUUGAAAACACAUGAACCUUUAUUGGAGGGAACUGGCAGCUGAAAGGUGCUUUCACACUGUUAAACAAGACGGGGCCCCAAGUUCAUAAUGCAACAGUGAAACACCAAUCUCACUUCAUACACGUCAUUUUGACGUAAGGUUUUCAAAGAAACGUUUCCUCCUGAAAGACAUGUUGGAAAACGCUCUCCCCAAAAACCAGACUAGCUAGCAAACUCCCGGGCUAAAAGUUGGUGCUAACCCGAUUCAUGAUAUGUACGGUGUGGGGUGUGAACAUUCCCAUAGCACUGGGACGGCCUUAAAGGAGCAGUGCCAGUGUGUAGGAUUUGGUGGUACCUAGUGGUGAGUUUGCAGAUCAACCAACUGACUAUCCCCCCGCCCCCGCCCCCGCCUUCCAGCGAGGUAGGAGAAGCUAUGGUGGCCAGUACUGAUCUGAAAGGUGCCAGGUGCCAGGUUCUUUAAAAUAAUGUAAUCUUCUACAACAGGUCAUAGCUAGGGAGUAAGCUAGCGAUUAUGAUUGUUUACUGUUCCGCAUUGGUGUUUGAUCGCGUUGUUUUUUGUGUGUUCUGGGCGACCUAUGUAGAUAUAAGGAGUUCAUUCUAAGGUCAUAUUAGAUUAUAUAUAAUUCAAUUAUUUUACAUUUCUUCCAAGUCAGUUCCACUCAAUGCCACUAAAUUCUACACACUACCCCUUUAAACUUCUCUUUGCAGUCUGAGCGCCGUGUGAACACAUAGACAGGCCUCUUCUCCUGUUAAUCUCCCUGUUGGACACGUGUUCGCUAUUUUCUCUAUAUCCCCGGCCUACACCAAUGCCCCUUUACACCCUGUUAAACCCUGCUCCCCCCCACCCCCCCCCCAGUAACCUUGCUUCUUCUCGACUUGACGUUAGUUGGUAUUUUUCCUCUGUAUUCCAUUUUUAAUUGUAAAGUAGUUUGUAUAAGAAAUGGUGCGCAUGUAAAUAAAGCUUGGUGAGGCUCCACACUCCUUUCGAUGUCUUUGGCUUUUUGUUA